UGUAAAUAAAACAGAAGUGAAACCGCGUCACACGGCUCUGGUGCUCAGGCGCAAACAGACUCUGGGACGCAAUGUUUUGCGGAUAGUUGGAGAAAAGAGUUUGGACUUUAACACAAGGUGACUGGCGCGCGCUCAUGCCUCAGCUGUCGGCCACAGCCGUGCUGCAGCUCGUGCUGCUGCUCUCCGCUGUGCCCGCGCAGUACUUCAUCUCCAGGUGGAGCGGCUCCACGGCGGCGCAGCGCUACCACGCGAGCACACGCUUGCUUCGCAUUUGGAAAGAGUUGAGAGCAUCUUACCUGAAUGCCACUGCUUGGAUGGACUGGGCAGACCAGCAGAUGUCCAAAGUCCAGUCUUUGGUUGGCUUGGGACAGGAAGAGCAGAUGGAGUCGCUUCCCUUAGAAACCAUGCUUUUUGACAAUGACCAGGGAUUCUUUGGAGCCUCCAAGAUCGCACGCAGCCCUCGUCCUCCGUAUGUGUUUCUGCGGGUUGGAGAGGUGGUGAAGGAGAGGAAUAACAAUAUGAUCGGGGUGGUGGUGAGCUGGGACCCCGAGAUGCGAGCCCCUCCAGAGUGGAUCAAUAGAGUGUAUUCCAGCUCUGAGGACACCAAAGCAGAGAAAACGCCUCAUUAUAAAGUGCUCUUCAGCGGGCCUGGACCCUCCUCUUUGUUAGUUGGAUACUUGCCUCAGACACAACUGGAGCGCAUCACCGGGAUGAGGCCAGAUAUUCCCACCUUGGAGAAUUACUUCACACACUUCGACGGGGAGCGGUUCGUCAUGCAGCCCUGGCUCAGAGAGCUCUACCCUGACGACGCGAUGGAAGACGACUCAGCUGUGACGCGUUUUCUGUAGAAAUAUUGACCUGGUAGUUAUAAAGGCCAAGAUAUGCGCAGAUCAAGGAUCAUUUUCAAAUCCCUCCUCGCUGGAUCUCGAUGUGAGAGUGUCGUUUGCAGAUUUGGAGUAACAGCUCUCAGUUGUGCAACUUUUAUUUCGUUGUAAUUUAAAAUAUACAGUAUUUUAAUUUGAUGUGCCAAAAUGUAAAAACACAUUAAAAAAGACAUUUGAUUUCAUGUGCCUGAUUUUUUUUAAAUACAGAUUUGAAUGGCUGGAGUUAAGUUAAAUGAUGACAAUUAUGCCUGAAAUGACAUUUUUUUCCCCAUGUAGUGUUUGUGUUGGCUGAGGUAGAAAAAAAAAACCUUGAGAAUUUGCACUUUUAUUCAGCCAUUACCACUAAGUAAUAAAAUACUUUGAACUGC